UCCUCCAACCCUAACCUCGCAAAUCACAGCGAGAAGUUGCAUCAGUUUCUCCAUAUCGUCUGCUUUUCUUCCUUCGUGCAGUGGUACUUGAUACUCUGAACUCUUAACUCAGGUCGCAACUGGCCUGAUUAUUUCAAAUCCCUGCCGUAAAGGUCCUGGCAGAUCAUGGCUUGUGUCUUAACUGCCAAUUUGUCGGAUGCACCGAUAGGUGCCUUAGUGCUGGUUGAGUUUGUGAAGGAUUCCCAGAAAAUAAAGGUCGAUUGGAGUAAAGAAACUUCUCUGAAAGUUGGCUCCGAUUCACUUUCUUCAGUGUCGACCAUUUGCCGCUUCCUUGCUCGCAGUUCUCCUAAGCUCUGUCUUUAUGGCAGUAAUAUACUGGAUCAAGCUGAGGUGGAUCACUGGCUUUCCUUCAGCACAGGUCCCUUGGUUUGCAAAAAUGACUCGAAAGAUGCCAUUGCCUACCUUGACCGUGUCUUGGGACCUAUCACAUAUCUUGUUGGUGAUAAGCUGACAGCAGCUGAUUUUGCUGUUUGGGGGUCACUUUACAGCAGUGCUGAUGUUUCAGCUGUUCUGAGCUCGAAGGCAUACUUAAAUGUUAAGAGGUGGUUUGAAUUUAUUAGAUCUUUGCCUGCAGUUCAGAGUGUUAUUUCUUCUCUGCCUGAAGAGGUGAAAUCUGCCUCGAAGCCUCAAAAUCAGGCUGCCGAAGAAACAGGACGGAAGGAGGAAGGGAAAUUCAUUGAUCUACCUGGAGCAGAGAUGGGUAAAGUUGUUGUCCGUUUUCCCCCAGAAGCUAGUGGAUAUCUUCAUAUUGGCCAUGCUAAAGCAGCGCUUUUAAAUCAGUACUAUCAACAGGCUUUCAAGGGCAAACUCAUCAUGAGAUUUGAUGACACUAAUCCAGCUAAGGAAAAAGUUGAUUUUGAAAAGGUGAUUCUUGAAGACCUUGAAAUGCUUGAAAUAAUUCCUGAUGAAUUUACCCACACCUCAAGCUACUUUGACUUAAUGCUUGAUAUGUGUGAAAAAUUGAUGAAAGAAGGGAAAGCUUAUGUGGAUGACACAGAGCCAGAACAAAUGAAAGCAGAGCGCGAGCAAAGAACAGAAUCAAAGAACAGAACUAAUUCAUUGGAAAAGAAUUUCGCUAUGUGGAAUGAAAUGAAGCAAGGUACUGCUUUAGGUACCAAGUGCUGUGUACGAGCUAAGAUAGACAUGAAUUCUCAUAAUGGUUGUAUGCGUGACCCAACAAUCUAUCGUUGCAAGCCUGAACCCCACCCUCGAACUGGAUCUAAGUAUAAAGUCUAUCCAACGUAUGACUUUGCCUGUCCUAUUGUGGAUAGCAUUGAAGGUGUCACCCAUUGUUUGAGAACAAUGGAGUACCAUGAUCGUGAUGAUCAGUUCUACUGGUUCAUUGAUGCUUUGGGACUCCGGAAACCUGUAAUUUGGGAAUACAGCCGUCUUAAUAUGACCAACACUGUACUGUCCAAAAGAAAAUUAACAUGGUUUGUGGAAGAAGGUCUUGUUGAUGGAUGGGAUGACCCAAGGUUCCCAACAGUGAGAGGUGUUCUUCGAAGAGGUAUGACUGUUGAAGGUUUGAAACAGUUUAUCAUAGCCCAAGGCUCUUCAAGGUCUGUUGUUGUUAUGGAAUGGGACAAAAUAUGGGCAUUCAACAAGAAGGUUAUUGACCCUAUUGCUCCUCGAUUUACUGCACUAGAAGCGGGGUCCACAGUUCCUGUUUUGGUGAAAGGAGUAAAAGAAGAGUGCAUAGAUGUACCAAAGCAUCCUAAGAACUCUGAUAUUGGUGUCAAGAAGGUUUGGGUAGGACCUAGAGUGCUAAUUGACUAUGCUGAUGCAGAAGUUCUGAAAGAGGGAGAAAACACAACGUUUAUUAACUGGGGCAACAUGUUGAUCAAAAAGAUCAAUAGGGUUGGAGGGAAAAUUGAAUCUGUAGAAGUAGAGGCAAACCUUGAAAAUAAGGAUUUCAAAAAAACAUUGAAGAUCACAUGGCUUGCCGAGACUCCUAAAGGCAAAUUUACCCCUACAUAUUGUGUUUACUAUGAUCACAUUAUCAGUAAAGCUGUGCUUGCCAAAGAUGAAGACUUCAAAACAUAUAUUCCUAAAAAUACUAGGACUGAAGUUGCCAUGACUGGUGAUCCCGAACUAGCAGCUCUCAAAGUGGGAGACAUAAUUCAGUUGCAGCGCAGAGGAUUCUUCCGUGUCGACAGUGCUUAUGAGCCGCUAAGUCCACACAUUGGCAAAGAAUCACCCAUUGUCCUUAUUGCUAUACCUGAUGGUCACCAAAAAGAACUGCCCACUGCUGGGGUGCCAAAGAAACAGGAACAAGCUAUGAGUGCGAAAGAGAAAACACAAUCAGCUAAGGGAAAAGUUGCCGAGAAGUCUCCAGUCACUGAGGUCCCAUCUAAGCCUAUUGGAGUCCGAGAUGCAUCAGCAAUUAAUGCCCUUAUUGUUCAACAAGGUGAUGUUGUACGCAAACUGAAGGCUGACAAAGCUGACAAGCCCACAGUUGAUGUAGCAGUCAAAACUUUAUUGGAUUUAAAAGCUGAAUUUAAAUCUGCGUGUGGUAUUGAUUGGAAACCUAAUGUUGCUGUUCCAACAGCUCCAAUUGUGAAACAAUCUUUAAAUGAUGAGGCAUCACUCUUGACCAAAAUUGCUGAACAGGGCGACAAAGUUCGCAAGAUUAAAACAGAUAAGGCUCCCAAAGACCAGGUUGAUGCUGCAGUGAAGGUCUUGCUAGACCUGAAGGGAGAGUACAAAAAAGUUACUGGUAAAGAUUGGAAGCCUGGUGCGCAGCCAUCAUCUCCAGGACCUGCAACUCCAGUUCCUGCCCCUCUUUCAGCAGCUGGUGACCUCUCUGCCCUCAUAACUGAUCAGGGAGACAAAGUUCGCAAGCUUAAAGCUGACAAAGCCCCAAAGAAAGACAUAGAUGCUGCAGUUCAAGUAUUAUUGGACUUGAAAGCAAAGUACAAGUCUGCCUGUGGGCAAGACUGGAAGCCAGGUCAAGUUGUAACAGUAUCAACUACUCAGCCAGCAUCACCUUCUCCAGUAUCUCCUCCUCCAGCAUCCCCAGUAUCAUCAAACAACUCCUCAAAGCGGAAUGAGUUAUUGGAGAAAAUUGCUCAGCAAGGUGACAAAGUUCGUUCUCUGAAAACUAGUAAGGCUGAAAAAAGUUCAAUUGACCAAGAGGUGAAAACAUUACUGGCAUUGAAAUCAGAGUUCAAGUCACUUACUGGGGAAGACUGGAAACCUGAUUUGAAACCAUCUGCUUCUACUGCCUCUCCAGCACCAGAAACCAUUGGUAAUAGCUCUGCAGAGCUUAAUUCAUCUAUUAUUAAGCAGGGUGACAAAGUGCGCCAAUUAAAAGCUGAGAAAGCAAGUAAAGACGUGAUUGAUACUGCAGUGAAAGCUCUACUUUCACUUAAAGCCAACUAUAAGAAUUUGACAGGUUCAGAGUGGAAACCAGGGGUUGUAACCACAGCACCUCCAACUGCAAUGGCAGACAAUAAAGUUGACUCAUUAGUCACUAAAGUGAAUGAACAAGGCGAAAAAGUUCGUCAGUUGAAAUCUGCAGGAGCAGGCAAAGAUGAGAUUGAUGCUGCAGUCCAGGUUCUUCUUGGGCUCAAAGCAGAGUACAAGACUUUAACUGGGAAUGAAUUCCCUGCCGCGGGACGCAAUCCAAAAGCUGCCAAGGCCCCCUCUCAACCUAAAGAAAAGUCUAAGCCAAAACAGCAACCCAAAGAAAAAGUGGUAGAGGAUGGUCAAGCUACCAAGAAACAAACUCGUUUGGGUAUGGAAGCACGGAAAGAGGAAAACUUACCUGAUUGGUACUCUCAAGUGAUUCAGAAAGGAGAAAUGAUUGAAUAUUAUGAUGUUAGUGGCUGCUACAUUCUCCGCCCAUGGUCAUACUCAAUUUGGGAACAGCUCAGUUCUUGGUUUGACUCUGAAAUCAAGAAAUUAGGAGUAGAAAAUUGCUAUUUCCCUAUCUUUGUGUCUCGUGCAGCUCUUGAAAAGGAGAAGAGCCACAUAGCUGAUUUUUCACCUGAGGUUGCAUGGGUCACAAAGUCAGGAGAUUCAGACAUGGCUGAACCCAUAGCAAUUCGACCCACCAGUGAAACUGUGAUGUAUCCUGCAUUUGCCAAGUGGGUGCAAUCUUACAGAGACCUGCCAAUCAAACUCAACCAGUGGAACAAUGUUGUUAGAUGGGAGUUCAAACAUCCUCAGCCCUUCCUAAGAACUCGUGAGUUUUUGUGGCAAGAAGGUCACACUGCUUUUGCUAAUCAAAAGGAUGCCGAAGAGGAAGUAUACACUAUCUUAGAUCUUUAUGCUAGGAUAUAUGAGGAACUGCUAGCAAUUCCAGUAGUUAAGGGUCGUAAAACAGAGAAAGAGAAGUUUGCUGGUGGAUAUUUUACUACAACUGUCGAAGCAUUUGUUGCUGCAAGUGGUCGAGCAAUUCAGGGCGCUACCUCCCAUCACCUUGGUCAAAACUUUUCAAAAAUGUUUGAAAUUGUGUUUGAAGAUCCUGAAACUCAAGAGAAAAAAUAUGCUUUCCAAAACUCCUGGGGUUUUACCACUAGAACUAUUGGUGUUAUGAUCAUGGUGCAUGCGGACAACCAAGGACUUGUCCUUCCUCCUCGCGUUGCUCCAAAACAGGUUGUGAUUGUACCUUGUGGAGUAACAGUUUCCAUGAAAGAAGAAGAGAAGAAUGCUUUGUUCACUUCAUGUAAAGAGUUAGAGGAAAGCCUUCAGCAGAAGAAUAUUCGUGUUGAAGGGGACUAUCGAGACAACUACUCGCCUGGAUGGAAAUUUAAUCACUGGGAGUUGAAGGGAGUCCCCAUUAGAGUGGAACUUGGUCCCAAGGACUUGAAAAAUCAGCAGUUAGUUGCUGUAAGGCGUGACAAUGGAGAGAAGAUUACAAUUUCUCGUUCUAAGGCUGCUGAAGAUAUUGCUGCUCUUCUUGAUACUGUUCAAAAGGCACUGUUUGAAAAAGCAUCAGCAGAAAUGAAGAACCACACCACUAUUUGUAAGAAGUGGGAAGAAUUUUGUGAUGGUGUGGACAAGAAGAACAUCAUUUUAGCACCUUUCUGUGGUGAAAUCCCAUGUGAAGAUAAGAUCAAAAAGGACAGUGUUAAGGAUGAAACAGAAGACGCUUCAGGUCCAUCAAUGGGCGCAAAGAGCUUGUGUAUUCCAUUCCAACAACCAACUCAGAUCACAAAUAGUGAUCGCUGCAUUCAUCCUGAUUGCAAAGCAAAACCCAAACAGUACACAUUAUUUGGGCGAAGUUACUAGAUAAUAAAAAUAUAAUGGUAUCAUCACUAUAUUGUCAAUGAAAUAGAAUAAAAUUGAAUUGCCAUUUAAUUAAAGAGUUUUAAUCAA